AAUUAGUAAAACAAAACGACCACCAACUUCAACAUUGGAUGAAUAUGAUACUCGACCAUCAUUACAAGUCGAUGGUCCUGAUAUUCAAUAUUUUCUUGAAGGACAAAAGCUCGGCGUUCCAAUUCCAUUUGAUGAUUCUCGUAUAAAAUUAUAUAAUGAUCGUCGUGGUUAUGCUUAUCUUUCAAUUGAUUCUACAUUAGCAUCUGACGAAGAUGCUUACGAAACGUUGCUGAAAAUAAAUAUGGUAUCGCAUGUCAUACAGUUUAUUUAUCCCGUUCGGGACGGGAGACGCACAUAUGCGUCAUGGACAAAGGGGAAACGACUGACUUUGGACUUUUUUGACUUAAUUGACUUAAAAUGACUUUUCAAGUCAUAAAAGUCAUGAAAGUCAUUUAUUUUAAAAUCAAUAUAUCUUGCUUUAUUCGAACGUUACUUUCAAUUCUGACAUCCUUCAGCUUUGUAAACAGCGAAAACAAUCAUAAUUUCAAUAUCUACUCUCAUUUCUCUCAUAAUCCCUUGAAAACGUAGGUAAAGUUGAGUCCAGAUUCGACUAUUUACGAGUAGGAUUCAUUCAGAAACUUGUUUCAAUGUUGUUAUUCUUAUUUCAAGUACAACUCGAUGGGCUCUAUUCAAUGAUACAAUUAGAUUUUUCAUAACUCAAAGCAUGUCUCAGAGAACCUCACAAUAUUGAAACUUCACUAUUAGGAUCUUCGAAUCUACAAAAUAACAACUGUUCAUAUUGGUCCAAGAAACUUUGACAAAUUUCCUAUUAUUGUGCCAAGUAGAACUUCAUAAGCUGUUUAUAAUAGUCUAUUUGGAUUACUAAUUGUUCAAAAUAUAUCACCAAAAAUCUCAAUAUACUGAUUAAUGGUUUAUGACUCACCAAGAGAAUUUCCAUUCCUCAUAUAUCCGUGAAAACUCAUUACAAAAGUUGAUUUAGAAAACCUGGUUUCUCUCUAUGUAAUGUGAAACAAGCGCUGGUAAAUGGUUUUCCUCAGAGGUUAGACAACAUGAACCUAAUCAGAGAUGAAACGAUAUGCUUCUGUUAGCCGUUA